AUGCCCCCAACUAGGGAUGUUGAGAGAUGGAAACAUCAUGGUCUCGACUCAGAUGAUCAGCUCAAUGAAAGGAAUGAGUCCUCGACCGGUGCAUAUGAAAGAGGAAGCAUGUUCCCGAUUAGUGAUGGAAAGGUAGCUGGUAAGAUGAUGGCUAAUGAGCUUGCAGUUAAGAAGGAUGAAGCUAAGGAGGGCGUAGCUGAUAAGGUAGAUGUUAAUGCUAUGGAGCAGGUAGCCAAAGCUAAUGAGAUGGCUACAGUUGAUGAGCAGGUAGCCGAGGCUGAUGAGCAGGUUGUCGGUGAGAUAGGAGCCUAA